GAGAGAGGGGAGAAGAUGGUGUCGGCGGCGGAGGCGGCGCUGCUGCGCGCGAAGGCGAGCCAGCUCCGGGAGGCGAUGCGGAGGAGCGAGGCCGUGCGAGAGGAGUCGGCGGCGGCCGUCGCCUCCGUCGGGGGCCGCAUGGCCGCCGUCGACGACGCCGUGCGCCCCGCCCAGGCGAGGACGUCGAGCGCGUCCAAGGUGCACGACAACGUCGCCAAGAGCCUCCAGGCCGUCCAGGACGUCGUGCGCCAGUUCGACCUCGUCCGCGAGGCAGAGUCCGUUAUAUUGGACGGUCCGAGCAAGGGUAUCAGCGCCUACCUCGACGCGGUCGACAAACUGAGAGGCGCCGAGGACUUCUUCACUUCAAAGAUAAGCUGCAAAGCUGGCGACGACGUGCUCAGACGUGUCGACGAGCUGCUCCCUAAAGCGGCUGCUGAGCUGGAGACCGAGUUCAGUAGGCUGCUAUCCAAAUGCAGCAAACCUGUAGAGCUCGAGCUUCUGCUCAACUGUCUUCCGAGUCGUUCAUCGUCCAAAGAUUCUGCUGAAGGUCGGCUGAACGCGGGGGCAGCGUGCUCUCUUCCUACACUUGUUGAGCCCCGUUACAUGCCUUUGCUCUCGAAGUUGGUUCAGAAAUCAGUUGAACUUGGUCACCAUAAACAGUUCCUGAGAAUAUACAGAGAUAUCCGUAGUUCAACAUUGGAACUUACCCUUAAGCAGUUGGGAGUUGAAUAUGUUAAGGCAGAAGAAGUGCAUAAUGUGCAGAUUGAGAGCCUGAAUGCUAAAAUUGCUCAGUGGAUCCAGUGUUUGCAAAUUGCGGUAAAAUUGCUUUUUGCUAGUGAACGCAUACUGUGUGAUCAAGUCUUUAAAGGAAAUCAUGGAUCGAAAGACCACUGCUUCGCUGCAGUAACGUCCAAAAGUCUCUUGACUCUACUCAGCUUUGGAGAAGCUAUUGCUAAAUCCAAAUCAUCACCAGAGAAAGUAUUUUCGCUGCUAGAUAUGUUUGAGGCGACAUUGGAAAUUCAGUCCGAGGUUGAGGCAGUCUUUGCGGGUGAUGAAUGCUCUGAAAACCGUAAAUCUGCAAUUAGUUUGGUCAAAUGUUUAGCAGAAGCAACAAAAAAGACUCUUGGUGACUUCAAAGACAACAUUGCGAAGGAGGGGCCUAAGAGUACGACUACUGACGGGGAUGUGCAUCCUGUUACCAGCUAUGUUGGAAACUAUAUCAAGUUUCUUUUUGACUAUCAGUCAUCUCUGAAGCUGAUCUUUCAAGAAUCCAGCAAUGGAGACGGAACAAAUUCUGGGCUGGUCUCUGAAUUCACUGGUGUUGUGCAUGCUCUAGAGACCAAUUUAGAUGUAAAAGCAAAGCAAUACAAAGAUCUUGCUCUGGGAAAUCUGUUCUUAAUGAAUAACAUCAGCUAUAUUGUCAGGUCUAUCUGCAGUUCAAAAGUCAAGGAUUUAUUUGAUGAUGAUUGGGUUCAAAGACGCCGAAGGAUUGUGCAGCAACAUGCUACUCAGUACAAGAGAGUGGCAUGGGCGAAGGUAUUGGAUUGUCUCUCAUCUCAAGGUCUAACUUCAUCAGUAGGUUCUGCUAUAGAAGGUACUCUAGGAAGUAUUGGAUCCUAUAGCGGUACAACUUCCACAUCUGUUAUCAAGGCAAGAUUCAGGUCUUUCAACAAGCAAUUUGAAGAGGUCUGUCAAACGCAGAUAAACUGGGCUGUUCCUGAUAAGGAAUUACGCGAUAAUCUUAUCCUCACGGUUGCCGAAAUUCUGUCGCCAGCUUAUAGAUCUUUCCUGAAGCGCUUUGGGUAUUUCCCUCAUCUUGCUUGAUUACAUUCUGCUUUGUUUUCCACUAUGUGUCAUUAUAUUUCUCCUUGCUAAUCAUGAAUGAGUUUACUAGAUUAUUAGGUGCAAAAUUUUGAAAUAGCCACUUGCCAAUGUUCCUUUUCCCCUUCCUUUCUGCAAGGUUUUGAACCAGUGUCACAUAAUGUAAAGGUGCAUUGGUAUUAAGUGGUAAUGACAUGAGUACUUCACCAUUGUUUAGUAUAUCAGUAAAUAUCAUAACCAUUCUGGACUUACUGUUGUGGUGGAUGAUCAUGUCAGGGAUCAACACCAGUGGCGAUAUUACUUGAUAUGUACAGAAAAAAACUCCAUACCAGUUGGUGUGCUAGCUAGGAUUAUGGCUAAUGUUAGGUUCAGCGGUAUUAACGGAUCAUGCUGUAUUGUGGUUUUGGAUCUAGUU